UUCUACGCAAUAUAACGGCGACCACAGCUCUCAUUCUUACUCAUUUUAUUUACGAUGUUUCUCUUUAACUUUUCCCUAACCGAGUUAUAUUAUGCUCAAUCCGCUUUACAUUAACAGUACUGACACGAGUUUAAGCUGGUUGCCUUGUACAUCCCCUGCUUUGUUGCCAUAGAGAUCUGCUGCGGAAUCUGAGAAAGGUUUCAUUAUGUUGUCUUCUUCUCAAGGGAAACUGGUUAGAAACGGCGAGGAGAAGAAAUCAGUGAUCUGGAUAGAGGGAAAUAUUGCAAGUGGAAAGACAACAUGUCUGGAAUACUUCAGCAAAACCAGUGACAUUGAGGUGCUAACAGAGCCUGUGUCUAAAUGGAGAAAUGUACAAGGAUGCAAUCCAUUGGGAUUGAUGUACCAGGACCCGUCUAGAUGGGGACUCACUCUUCAGACAUAUGUCCAACUGACAAUGCUGGAUCGGCAUGUCUUACCAAUGGCAUGUACAAGUCCUACGGAGCCCCUAAAGGGACAUGGUGGUGGAAAAAAAUCAUCAACACCAGUCAGAAUGAUGGAAAGAUCUAUUUACAGUGCAAAGUACAUUUUUGCGGAAAAUCUUUAUAAAAGUGGAAAGAUGCCCGAGGUGGACUUUGCUGUUUUAAGUGAAUGGUUUGAGUGGAUCAUAAAGAAUAUAGCUAUUCCUGUGGACCUUAUUGUUUACCUGCAGACCUCUCCACAGACCUGUUACGAGAGACUAAAGCAGAGGUGCAGAGAGGAAGAGAAGGUUAUUCCACUGGAAUACCUAGAAUCAAUCCAUAACCUCUAUGAGGACUGGCUCAUUCAUCACAAGUCGUUUGAGGUUCCUGCUCCAGUUCUGGUAAUCCCAGCAGAUCAUGAUCUUAAGAAGAUGCUGCAUCAGUAUGAGGAGAACAGAGAGAAGAUACUUAUGGCACAUUGCUGAGCAAAUGAUCAGAGACAACGAUGACCAUAUCAAGCCAUAAAUAUGUCAGCUCAAAAGACAGAUGAAGCAAGCACUUUUUUUUUUUUAUUCGAAACUGGGUUUACAAACAUUCCUCCUGCAGUGAACAGUUGAUUUACAUAGUAGGAUUUGUAAAUUAGUGCAUAUGAUUGGUAUUUUAUUUAAAUGCUGACUUUUAUGAUUAUUAUUUUGUGUUUGCAUUUGCAGUCUUUGUAAACUUGUUUAAGCACUUAACAAGAGACAUAGUCUUUUUAUUUUUAGUGUUGUUUAUGGAAUCAUUCCAUAUCUAAAACUACUGCACUUGGAAACAUUUCCAUUUUUUCUUUGUCUGUAGAUAUUUUAAAUUCAGAAUGACAAUUCCAGACCGUGCAAAUAUACUGUAUGUGAUUUAGCCUUGCAUUUUACAGUGAAGUCCUCAUUCUAGGGUCUUAAAGAUUCUUUUAUUUUCAUGAGUUGUGCAUCCUCCCACUUGCAGACAGUGACUCUAUCAAAUACAGGAACUGUGGUCAGUUUAUGUUACUGAAGGUGUUAUUGCGACCAAUGUAAUUUAUACUGCAUAAGGCAUUGUUUUA